GAAGAUAUAAGCGGGCCGGGGAGGCGGAUGGGGCGCCAGCUGCAGUAUCUCCAUCUAGAAGGGCUGCUGAGCAGGAGGAGGAGGAGGAGGAGGCCGUGGUGGAGAGCUCCCAGGCCGGCCAGGACGGACUGACGCACAGACUGACCGCCACCAGCUCGCUCCUGCUGGCCGCUUCCAGCCCAGGCGGUCACGAAGCCCCGACCCCUGCAGGUCCCGCCCGCCCCCCACACCCCCCCUCCACCCCGGGGCUGAGAUGGAAGCCGUCCAGGAGCUGAUCCCCCUGGCCAAGGAGAUGAUGGCCCAGAAGCCCAGAGGCAAGCUGGUGAAGCUGUACGUGCUGGGCAGCGUGCUGGCGCUGGUCGGCGCCGUGCUGGGCCUGGUGGAGACGGUGUGCAGCCCCUUCGCCGCCGCCAGCCGUCUGCGCGAGGAGGCGGCGGCGGCGGCCGAGCUGCGGGACGCGCGGGCGCGACAGGCGGGACAGGCGCUCCGCCCGCCGCAGGCCCGGCCGGAGAAGGGCCCGAAGCGGCCGCCCGAGGCCCCGCCCUGCAGCCGCGCCGACCGGCAGCACGCCUCCUAGGGCCCCGGGGAGGAGGUGGGGCGGAGCGGGCCGGAGCCCCGGCUGCGUGGAGAAGCCAGCCCGCCACCGCGCCGCGUCUCGCACCGACCCACCACCGAGAUCCACCCAGAAGGGGUUCGAGAUCGACUUUUUGCUGCCGUGCAGCAACGUGUUGUGACGAUGAAGACAAACUGUGUCUUUAAAGCUCUCUGAGAGUCUAUGGUUUUGCACUAGGGAGGAAGGAGAAAUGGCUUUUUUUAUAUAUCUAUACCGUUAUUAUUACUGUCGUCGUCGUUGUUGUUACUAUGAUCACCAUUUUGCAUUUUGAAAU